AUGGCGCCGCGCGUGUUUUGCCUGCUGGCCGUGAUCGCGAUCUCGCUGGUGGGAUGCCUCGCAUUCUCGGAGGAGCGUCCGACGGAUCAGCGCAUCCUCGUACUGCUGGACGACCUCAAGAAUAAGGACUCAUAUUCGAUCUUCUUUAAGAACCUCGCAGAUCGCGGGUACGAAUUGGAUUUCCGCGCGGCGAGGGAUUCGAGUCUCGUGCUGCAGAAGUACGGCGAGUACCUCUACGACGCCGCCAUCAUCCUCGCGCCCAAAGUCUCCUCGUUCGGCGGCGUGGUGGACGUGGCGGCGAUCCUCGACUUCGUUGACUCGGGCCACGACCUCAUCCUCGCGGCGGACAGCGGCGCGUCCGACACCAUCCGCGAUAUCGCGCUCGAGUGCGGCGUGGAUCUCGACGAGAACCCCAAGGGCGUGGUGAUCGACCACCAGCAGUACGCGCGGGUGAGCGGGCGCAGGGACGACCACACGCUCGUGCUGGGCAGCAACCUCGUCAACUCCUCAGUCAUCCUCGGCGCUGCUCCCAUCAAGGGCCCCGUGCUCUUCCAGGGGAUCGCCAUGACAGUCUCGCCCACGUCUGAGCUGGUGGUGCCGGUGCUGUCCGGCUCCCCCACGGCCUAUGCAGCGGACCCAGCAGCGGCUCUCAAGGAGCCCCCCGCGCUGCAGGGCAAGGCGGUGUCGCUGGUGGCGGCCAUGCAGGCGCGCAACAACGCGCGCGUCCUCAUCUCCGGCUCCCUCGCACUCUUUACAGACAGUUUCUUCCGCGCAGUGGUGGACGUGUCUGCCACCUCCGCCGACCCCGCCUCACAAAACGCCAAAACCUCCCAGUGGCUGUCGCCGGCCGGCAAUGAGCAGUUUGUGACGGAGCUCUCCAAGUGGACCUUCCACGAGAGGGGGCACCUCAAGGCUGUGAACCUGCGGCACAACAAGGCUGGCGAGAGCACAGAGCCGGCCGUCUACCGUGUCUCCGACCACCUGGAGUUCGCAGUUGACAUCUUUGAGUGGGCGGGCAGCGAGUGGGUGCCAUUCAAGGGCGACGAUGUGCAAGUGCAGUUCUACAUGAUGAGCCCCUACGUGCUCAAGACACUCUCGCACGAUGACAAGGGUCGCUUCUUCACAUCCUUCCAGGUGCCGGACGUGUACGGCGUGUUUCAGUUCAAGGUGGAGCACAAGCGCCUGGGCUACUCCACCAUCUCCCUCGCUAAGCAGAUCCCCGUGCGCCCUUUCCGCCACGAUGAGUUUGAGCGCUUCAUCCCGGCCGCCUUCCCCUACUACGCCUCCACCUUCUCCAUGAUGAUUGCGUUCUUUGUCAUUGGCUUUGUCUUCCUCUACCACAAGUAA